AGAAGUCGCCACCUCGGCCAUGCUAAUAAAAAGAUCUCAGCUUCUAGGCUCUAAGAUUGCCAAACUUAGAAUUCCAAGCAUGCAUGAAGUGGUGGAAGAAGAGUUUAAGACACCACAACCACCACCAGAACAAAGUCCCAGUAAUGAUGGUGAUGUUGAAGAGAAUUUCUCAACAGACGACGGCUUUGAGACAGCAGAAGAAACGCUACUCUCAGAGCAUGAUUUCAUGUGUCCUAAACUGAACUUAUUUGAGGUGUAUGACGAUCCUGAGUUUGAAGAGCGAAUAUCAGAAGCAACAAUUCUCAAGAGGAUCCAAAGUCACAGAAGAACCAGAUCUUACCAAUUGGGUGAACAUUUACAAUUUAAAUGGACAACGGGAGCCGGACCUAGAAUUGGGUGUGUGAGGGAUUAUCCUUCAAUGUUGCAAUGCCAAGUGCUGGAGCAAGUGCAAUUGUCUCCAAGGAGUACAAGGAGUAGUGAUGCUACUCCUCGGAACAAGAAUUAUACCCCCCGGACAUCAUCAGGUUUACACAAAGAAACAUCUCCAAGUAAAAGUAACCUUAGUCCUGAACCCUGAACAAAUCAAUAAAUUUCCAGAC